AAACGUAGGAGGUAACCGCCCUUCUUAGCGUACAGGAAUACGUAUAGACGCUACACAAAUCAAUAAUACAAACUGGCCAUCUCAAAGAAAGCCCAGUCUAGUCACAGUGUCUCCAGGUUUAAUGUUGUGCUUUAUUGUUAUCUGGUGAACUUGGUCUAGUGCUAGUCGAUCCCCGAUAAAAGGGGAAUACGUUUCAUUGUGUUUAAUUCGCGUUGUCUGAUCCCCUAUCCCGUUGUGUAGUGUGCUCUUCAUUCAGUUGACAACGGUGUUGUAAUAAAGUGACCUGAAACGUAAAAUGUAACCAUUACACGUUCAAUAUCAUCAAAAAUUUUGUUUUGAAUCAUAAUAUUACUCACUAUUACGUACACAUUGUGUUAGAUCUAACAACUAUCAAUAACAUAGAACGUGGCCAUUUUUGGAAAACGACUCUGACCUAAGUCAACAUCGUGUCAAAUUCCCUGCUAAUCCCUGUGUGUUUUCGUCAGUGAUGGACGUUUUUUGAAAACUAUUACCGGUAAAGGGAAUAUUCGAUUUUAACUGACUUCAGCUGAAAGUGAUUAUUAAAGUUGAAAAAUGGCUUCGAAAGUUUUGUUGAAAAUGCCGGCUGUGUCCUUCAAUGCCCAGGUUGUUGGGGGCAAGAAAGGGGCCCCGGAGCUGGUAGCAGUGGGCACAGCUGCAGUGCAACAGCUGAUUCUGCCGUCGAUGUCAGCUGAUCCACUGCUGCGUAUCACUCAGCUGGAACAAAACAUUCGCUUCCUGCACGAGCAGCAUCAGCUGAUGUUGGCCAGUCUCCAUCAGGAGAUUGAGGUGCUGCGUCAGCGCAAUAGAGAUCUACAGUUCCAGUUGGUGUUCACCAAAAAGAAUUCAGUGUACGGCAACCUGACAUCUUCUGAGACGUCACCAGAGGAGGAGACCAAAUCGAAGCUGACAUUGAGUCCAAAGCAAGUGAAUUCGCAAAAUCUUCAAGUUGAAAUUCUUGAAAAAGAAAUCGCUGAGCUGAAAACUGCCUUGAAUGAUGCCAAUGAAACCAAUGAAGCAACUACAAAAGAAUUGGACGAAGUUAAUAAGCAAAUUGAAUCAUUCCUCGGGAAAGAAGCAGAUUAUGAGUCAAGACUGGAUGAUGCCGAUAAACUGAUCAGAAGGCUGCGUAAAGAGAAUGAUGAUCAAAGGAGAGAGAUGAACUCUUACAGGAUGCACCACAAUAAACGAGAUGGCAAUCCAGGGGGAUCUCGCCACCAUGGGAACGGUGGUGGGAGAAGGAGUGGGGGAAAUAGUAGGGGGGAUCGCGACGAUGGCCAACGGUUUCCCCCUCUCCAUAGUCACAACUAUUGGCCACGGAACAGACCUGGACCACAGGACUACGCACACCAAGGCGGCCGCGAUUUGGCGGGUGAAGGCGGCAGUGGGGGCGGCGCCUCUUCCCUGCCGCACCUGGCACAGCCCCCACAGGGCGGUCAUCAGCCUCCCCAGGGCGGUCAGCAGCGUCACUACGGCGGCAAAAACCAAGGAGGCGGCGGAGGAGGAGGAGGAGGAGGCGGUGGAGGAGGCAAGGGUGGAAACCGGUACUACAGCAACAGCAACCACUACUACAAUAACAGGGGUGGAGGGGGUGGCUCCAACCAGCGAGGGGGUGGAGGAGGAGCGCCUCAAAACCAGAGCCAGUAGGUGACACAAAGACUAAGUACAAAGCACACACACCCACACACACCGACAACUGUUUAUAUUGUUUCGGUAGGUGAUAUUUGGAAAAUAAUUGAAUCAUCUCUAACAUAACAUUCAGGGAUAUUUUCAACUGAAACUCAGUUCUGUUAUUGAGAUAGUGUCUUAUUAAUAACUUACUAUAUCACAAGGUAUCUAGAAUACAUAUUAAUAUAAUGUAUUCUAGGUACAUUGCUAUAUCAUUUAUCAAAAUAACACAUGGUGAUUAACAAUGCAAUGGUGCAUUAACAUUGGUGAUUCUCUGGAAUAUUUUAUUGAGUUGUUGAAAUUGUUCAGUUAACUAUAAAGUAAAACUAAGAAUAUAUUCCCGACCGGCACUGUUGAAAAUGACGCUUGCCGUUCGAAAGUACGCCAAUCAGUAAACAAAAUCGCUUAUUCAGUUGAAUAAUCGACUGUACAUCGUUGUAUGAAACCGUAAGUUAAUACAUUGCAGUUCGGAAUGGUUCAAGAAAUCAUCACUAUAAUAUUGAUUUAUUCAUUUAAAACAAUAUGAGAGCACACGGGAAAAUCCCAAAAAUUGUUCCCCAAUCAAGAAUAUUACAAUAAUCGCAGUACAAAGAAAUUGAUAUGAUUGAGAGAAAAAAUACAGAUCUGAACAUAUAUUUAGUUAUUGAUCAACAUUUUGGGAAGAUUACUGACUAAAGUCUAGUUUGGUUGAAUUUAUAGUGCCUCAACUUCAUAAAUUUUAUUAUUUGCUGACAUUUUUGAGGUUUUACUAAACAAAAACUUAGUAUUGAUAAGUGGGUAGAGUAUCUGAGAUCAUGCUUAUUCAAAUAAUUUGAAGUACUAACAAUAUUAUGAAAAGUACUAACUGUAAGCCUCCCAAGUUUAGUAACUGAAAAAAUAGCUGGAUUUUCUGGGUAGAUUAUCUCAACAACAUAUUUCAAUAAUAAUAAACAAUCUGUUAACACUUUUUAAAAUGCUAUCAACGUAUUCUGGUAUGGGGUUUAUGAAAAGGAUGGCUAUGUUUUAUUAAAACUACAACUAACCAAUGUACCUUGAAUGUAUUGUAGGUACCUUGCUACUAACAGUACUAACUGCAUCCUAUAUUUCUUCUGGAUAGUGUGAUAACUUAGUUUUUGAUCCAAGUAGUGUGCUGCAACAUAAUUAUUCAGUUUCCAAUAAUCACCGAUUUUUAGUAUCACAUCCAAUCCAAUUGAAAAUUCACUCCAAAACGAAUAACGCAAAUUCUAUCAACUCCUUCGAAAAAAUUCAGUGAAACUACUGUAAUAAGAUGAUAUUGUUGAAAACUGACAUCUAGCAAGGUUACAGUGUACGGUAUACAUUGUAUGAGGUGGAUCAGUUAGUUCCUCACCAAAUCUAUGAAACUGAUGAGUAUAUUAUGAUAAUUUUCCAAUAGAAACUUUGAGCAGACUCCAGACUUUUAUCUAGUAUUACUGAAUUCUGUUCAAACACUAGUUUAAUUAAAACUAAUAGCUAGAGUGGCCAGCUCUUAGGUAGAGUAUACCGUAAUUGAUUACAAACUUGUUUUAACAUAUUUUAUAUACUGUAUUUAUGCUAUUAAAUCCAAAUAUAAGGAUGUAAUAAGGUCUCGUUUCCUCCAACUUCUAUGGUGUGCACAAUUUCUACUCAUUUUUUUCCUGAUACAAUAAGUACCAUAUUGGUAAAUAUUCACAAGCCAAAAAUCCCUCUUACUUAUAUAAAUGUCUAAUAAAUUGAGUCUAGUGUUGGCAGUCCUGUAAUGUAAUCAAAAUUAAUAUUGUAAAUUCAGUGAUAGACGAUAAGACUUAGAUGCCUAGCACUCUCAAUUUAUUGACCAUAAUCUAAUAAUUGAACACUUUUAACAUUAGACAGAGUGAAAUGAACAAUUAGAAGGUAUUUUUCAGGACCUCCUAUAUACUAGGAAGUCAUGGUAUUUUCAUUGUCUAAUUAGCAAUUGAUGCUAUAGUAUCGCAUCACAUUUUCAUUUUUGAAUUUAGAUAUAUGCGUUAAAAAAAUGGUAAUUCGCUAUAAAAAUUUGAGAAUGAUUCAAGGAAACAUUUUCCUUUUAUUCAAUAGAAGUUUCUUCUAUUAUUGAAGUCAAUUUUACUCUAUCAGUAACGGUGCGUUGAUGGAAUUAUCAAUAUGCUUUCCGAUUUAUGCGGAAUUAUCAGUUAUUCUACUUUUAUUACAAUAUUUGUUUCAAAUUCUAUGUAUGAAUACCACUCCAUAUGUUUACAAUAUAUUAAUAUACCUAUCGGCUUAUCUUCUUAGAUUUGACUCCAGUUAUAUGAACUAUUGUAUUGAACGUGGAAUUGUGCAAUAACAUUCAGUAUAAGUUGAUUAUAUUGGAGAAUGUCCUUGGAUUCCACGCAUUAUUAAAUUGUAUACAAAAACUGGUUCAUAGCCAUUGGAAGUCUCUGUAAUACAGGAAUAAGAUGCAUACACACUAGAUUCAUUAAAUGUUUACAUAGCACACUAUAUGCUACGAAUGUUAAGUGUGUGAGACGCUCUCUCCUGUAUUUCAAGACUCAAAGAGUUUUGUAGAACAAGCCCCUGGUAUAGAUACAUUACAUAGAACAUUAAAGCUGCAUACUGAUAGAAGAUGAUAUAAUGUAUAUUCAUAUAAUUGCCAGCAGCAUUUAAAAUCAGUAAUAAAUCUGAUUCUCAUUAUAUCCCGUGUUAAAAUACAAGCAUUUUCUUGCAGUGGGAAAACCCAAUUAUAUUGUUCAAAGUCUAUUGUAAUUCAUUAACUCACUACUUUCUAAUGUCUUACUGUACCAAUUAAUAAUAAACUUAGUCUGUUCUCUAUAGAUAGGAUUAUUAUAAAACUAUUUUUAUGCAAUAAUGUUUCAUUUUACAGAGAAUAUUAUACAAAUUUAUAAAGAGCAUUAGAUAAUACUGAUAGAUAUCAAGUGAAUAUAUGAUAUAUUAUGAUAAUAUAUAUAGAUAAAUAUUUAUAGUAAGUAAUCCCCAGCUAUUUACAAAUCCCUAGAUGAGUUAAACAAUUUGUGUCGAUUUAAAUAUUGAUAAAUUUGCCAAUACAUUAGAAUGUUCAAUUGGAAAAACUUCGUGCAUUCCUUGAAUAGGAAAUUCAAGUUCUAUUACGAGAGAAUUUCUUGUGAUAGACAACUUUUACUCCUGUACCAUGUUCAUUACCCUCUGAAAUUGUCAAAUAAAUUUAAGAUAUUUUUGCCCAAUUAUCAGUAGAGCCUCUGCUAAUCUAGAUUCUACAUCUUCGCGAAUGUUAGGAUGAUAUUUCGGUAUGAUAAUGUUGACGGUAUUUCAAUUCAAUUCAAAUAUCUUUAUUCUGUAUUUAAUAUCUGUAUCUAAGAACCAGAUUCAGUAAUAGUCAAAUAGUCAUUGCCCAUAUUCUGUAUUUUGUAAGUUUUUUUAUAUUAUUUCAUCUCAUUCGAUUACAGUAACCAUAUUUAUCCAAGUAUAUAAAAUCUAUUUUAUAGUGAUUUUCAUAAAUGAAGCUUUCUCCAUAUACGGGUACGGAACACCAUAAUACUUGUACUAAAAAACAUUGCAAAUAUUAAUUGAUGAAAAGAUUUUCGAGAAUUUUUAAUUAAUGGAAAAUGUUUUCCAUUUUGUGAUUAAAGCGUAUCAAAGUGAUAAAAAUAAACAUGUAGCGUAAUACAGGAAGUCCGAAACUAUUAUUAUUACAGGACGUUUUUCAAUUCUUGAAUUAAAUAUUCAAAUUUUGAAGCUUCUCAAACCCAAAUAAUUGCUUUCAUGGUUCCUUUUCACCAUUUUGAUAGCCUCAUAUUUUAUAUAAUAACGCAUAAUAUGUGUUAUUAUAAUAAUUCAUAACAUAUUGAUUCAAGUGUGGUUAUGAAAAUGAAAAAAUAGAUACAACCUUCGUUUAGGAUUUAUUAUGUAGUAGAAACACUAGUCUCAUAAUGGGAUUUUACAUUAAUCAUUAAUUCAUUAUUAAGCUACAUCACUUUCAUAAAUAGAGCUCACGAUUUUGAAAGCUUAACCAGCUUUUGAACGCAGCUCUGUGCAUUGCAAUAAUAUUCAAUAGCUUGGGAUUACUAUAUUUAUUAUUAAUAAUGAUAAUAUAUUUUACAGUAAAAUCAGCUCAUUUAAUGUCGCUUUCUUGUUGUAUAUUAAUGAGAACGUCAAUAAAAUUUGAUUUUCAAAUAC